AUGGCGUCUUCGUCGACAGAUCAUAGGGUGCCUGCCAAUGGUUUCGUCCGCACCAUGCGACGUGUAUACAACCCACUAGGCUUCUCGAAAGGCUACAACGCGAUCCUCGCAUUCCUCGCGCUAGGCUACCUCCUGGGUUUUACCCUCGCCAGACUCCAAUACCUCUCUUUCAACGGCGUAUUCUGCAACCCAAACGCAUCAGGAGGCACUGGCGCCGCACCAGGAGAAUGCUACUACUAUCUUCAAGUGCCGUUCAAAAUUGGCAUGAAACUACACCUCUACACGAUCAUCCCCGCCGCCCUCCUCGUAAUCCUCCAAUUCAUCCCAGUGAUACGCCACAAACUUCUCUUAUUCCACCGCAUGAACGGCUACAUUGUAGUCAUCCUCUCACUGAUCAGCAAUGCCGGGACCAUAAUCAUCACCAAACACGCAUUCGGCGGCGACUUCUCCACGCAAACCUGGACAGGAGCCAUGGUCGUCUUGACAACGCUAGGCUACAUCAUGGCCUGGGUGAAUAUAAAGUUAUUGCAGAUUGAUCAACACCGGGCAUGGAUGCUGCGAGUGUGGGCUUGGUUCUCAACUAUCAUCACCAUUCGCAUCAUUAUGAUCAUCUCAGCUCAAAUCAUCAGUAUGGGCAGAAAUUGGUACACUGUCCGACCCUGCGCUCAGAUCGCGUUCGCUCUUGGGGAGAACGACACCCUUGCAGCAUACCCACAAUGCAUCGACUACUUCAUCGGCAACACACCAGAUCUCCCCGUCAUAGUCACAGCCGACUUUGCAAGUUCGAACAGCAUGGAGUUGUCCGCUGCACUGGGAAUCCCCUUUGGAGCAGCAGGUUGGCUGGCUCUGCUGCUACACACCUUCGCCAUUGAAUGCUACCUCCGACUUACACCCAGAGAGUCCAAUCGACUGCGUCAAGUAUCGUAUGAACGUCAACUCGAGCGAGGCAUGUCCAGGCCGGGAUAUGCAGGAUUGACUGCCGAGAGAUUCGGAGAUAGCGAGCCUUUUCGACCAGCGGUGAAAGUUACCACAGAGCAGGAGGUGGCGAAAUACGAGCAAGAAUGA